AUGGACAUCUGGUGGGGCUGCUUGUUAGAGCCGUUCAGGCCUUCAGCGGCAAAACGGCGGAACCUGCUCGCCCGCCCGGCUCCGGCGACCGCCCUCCGCCCUGACCUCCCCUGCGGCAAGCGAAUCCAAGUAGGAGUAGGCGGCUAUGGCGACGACGGCCGCAGGGUACAGCUGCUGCGCGGCGGGGCUGCCGCCCUCCGCGUUGUUUCCGGGGAUCCUUUCGUCCCGCCGGGAGCCUCCUCCUCCUCACGUGUCCCUUGUGGCCUCCUCCUCGAAGUUCAGGGCACCGGCACCGCGGAAGCCGCUGUUGAUAUAAAGCUUCCUAGAAGAAGCUUGCUUGUUCAAUUUACAUGCAAUGCAUGUGGUGAAAGGACCAAGCGCUUGAUAAACAGAGUAGCCUAUGAAAGUGGGACAGUUUUUCUUCAGUGUGCAGGGUGCCAGGUGUACCACAAGUUUGUUGAUAAUCUUGGUCUAGUUGUUGAAUAUGAUCUACGAGAAGAAAAUGAGCUACAAGGAGAAAAUGUGGUGAACCCCAAUUCUGAAGAUUGA